AUGAGACUUUCUCAAACCUUUACUCUCGCCUUCGCCGCAGGCCUCAGCCUUGCCCCCGGUGCCCUCGCUGUCCUCGGCACCUCCUGUGUCAAGGCCGUCAACGCCAUGCAGCAACUCCCCUUUGACAUCCUGACCCAUGUUCAGGAACACUCCUGCGAGGCUGGCUGCAAACCCAAGCUCAGCCACUGGAGCAAAUUCGGCAAAAAGGAAGUCAUGGAGCCCAUCGUCGAGGAAGGAGCCAAGCGCAACAACUUGAAGGAGGGCAAACAAGCCAUGGUCGACUAUCUCGAUGCGGUUUUCCAGAGCGUGGAAUCCCAAUGCCAGGAUCAGAUCGAGAGCAAGCACUUUUGCGAAGACUCCGACCAAAUGAACCCGUUCUUGGAAUGCGCCCGGAAGGAAAUCAAUGCCUCUUCUGCUCGUGAGCUCCCUCGAUUGACUAAGCAUAUGAACGACGACUCGUGCGAGAAGAUCGAGAAGUAUGCGAAGAGCCCUGAGUUGUGGGAUGAGGAUUUUCCCAAGCAUUUCCAGCGCUAUGUGGAGCGCUGCGAUGAGCUAUAA